AUGGACUGGGCAGCACGCCGAAUGAGUUGUGGGAACUGGGGCGGUCAGAUUCUCGAGGAAAGGUGUACCCCUGGCGGAGAUCUAUUCGGCGCCGUCGCUCUCGGCAUUCUAUCCUCCUUCGUCGCAUCCGAGCCUGUUGAGGCUGGUCCCCAGUGCUCUGCUCGCAACGUCUCUCUCAGAUACUGCCGUCGUCAUAGUCCUGGUUUGGACGAAACCACAGUCAAUCUUCAAAACUUAUCAACAUGGCUCUCAUGGGUAGAGACAUGGGCAUCCGAGGCAGGCGAGAGGAGUGAGGUAGAAGAGCUGCAUGAGCGACUGCCAUCACACUUGCAGCACUAUACCGAGCUGUCACCCGCCAUUGUUGGUACGACCACGUAUACUGUUGUCGGGCCUCUGUUACCACUUGGCUCGGGUACUUCAGCGCCUCGCGAAUUCCUAUCGUUGUGGUUUGCAAAGACCGAUCGCAUGGAUUCUUCUGCCGAGGAUGUGGGAGUGAAAGGUGGACACUGGGGAGAAAGGACAGAUCGAGCACAGCACGCACUGAGAACUGUCUAUCUGGGCUAUGGCGCCGCUCUGUUCUACAUUGACCCUACCCGAUCUACGACAUACGCUCUCCUGAAAAGCUAUCUCCUCCCCAGACUGUAUACCGUCCCGCCUCCACCAAAUCCGUCAACAGCCUCCCCAAACACCGUGACGACACCCGCCAUGGUCGGCUCUACCAAAUUCCCCUUCAAUUGCCAAGCCGACGUGCUUGACAGGGAUGCUGUCAUGAUACCCAGCGGAUGGGUUAGUUAG